UACAUUCUCCUACAGUUACGCGCCCGUCCCAGGCUGAGGAAGCACCAAAUGAUUAGCCAGUUAGCCUUCAAACAAUUGACUCAUUCUUGUCAUAGUAUUUCGCGGCACUCGAGCGCAGUAUGCCUAAACAUUGAAUGAAUACAUUUACACAGUAACGCUAACAAAAUGUCUGGCUCUGCACCUCCAACCCCGCCGGACGAAGGCUCUGACACGUGCAGGCUGGCUGCCUUUCUUCCUCCCGGCUAUCAAGCCUUCAAACCGGAGGACCAUGGCCUAGACCGCAGCUUUCGGCUAACGGCCUUCUCCGACCUGAAAGGAUGAGGCUGUAAAGUCCCUCAGGAGGCUCUGCUCAAACUCCUGGAGGGACUUGAGCCCGAUCGUCCGGGUGUAGCGACCGGAGAGGACGGCGGCCCGGCGGCAGGUGCCGGCGAUGAGACGUCGGAAUUCGGUCAGCUCUCUGCUGCUCAUGGACCCCGACUAGGUAUUGGCUUGGACUCCUGUGUCAUUCCCCUGAGGCAUGGGGGUCUAUCCCUGGUCCAGACCACAGACUUCUUUUACCCCCUGGUAGAGGACCCAUACAUGAUGGGUCGAAUAGCGUGCGCUAAUGUGCUGAGUGACCUCUACGCCAUGGGCAUCACAGAGUGUGACAACAUGCUGAUGUUACUCAGUCUCAGUCAGAAGAUGAAUGAGAAGGAGAGGGAGCAGGUGAUGCCACUAAUGAUAAAGGGUUUCCGUGACGCCGCAGAAGAAGGCGGGACUUCCGUUACGGGCGGCCAAACUGUUAUCAAUCCCUGGAUCAUCAUUGGGGGUGUGGCAACCGUGGUGUGCCAGCCCAAUGACUUCAUCAUGCCAGACAGUGCGGUUCCUGGGGAUGUGCUAGUUCUCACCAAACCUCUGGGCACACAGGUGGCAGUCAAUGCCCAUCAAUGGCUGGACCUGCCAGAUAAGUGGAAUAAGAUCAAACUGGUCAUAUCUAAAGAGGAAGUUGAACAGGCCUACCAGGAAGCCAUGCUCAACAUGUCCACCCUCAACCGCACAGCCGCGUCACUCAUGCACAAGUUCAAUGCACACGCGGCCACCGACAUCACAGGCUUCGGCAUCCUGGGCCACGCCCGUAACCUGGCACAGCAGCAGCGCAGUGAGGUGGCCUUCGUCAUCCACAACCUGCCCAUCAUCGCCAAGAUGGCCGCCGUCAGCAAGGCCUGCGGCAACCUCUUCGGCCUGCUGCAGGGCACCUCCUCCGAGACAUCAGGUGGCUUGCUGAUCUGUCUGCCUCGUGAGCAGGCAGCGCGGUUCUGUGCGGAGAUGAAGGCGAGUCGUCAGGGUCCUGGUGUGGGGGUCCCGGGCCCCGAUGCCGGUGGCGAGGGCCAGCAGGCCUGGAUCAUCGGCAUCGUGGAGAAGGGCAACCGCUGCGCCCGCAUCAUCGACAAGCCCCGUAUUAUCGAGGUGCCGCCCCGCGGCACAGUCUCCGAGGGCAACAACAACAGCACCAGCCCCCCACCCCCUGUGCAGAGUCCACCCGUGUCCUAGGGCCAUGGGAGCGCCCCCUUCCCUCCACUUUUCCCUCAUCCUGCCAUCUUCAUCAUAACGCAGUAGAAGUGCUUUUCUCACCUCCCUGUUGUGUAGUCACGGGGUGAUGUCUCCAUUAGAAGCCUUUUAACAAUCAGUCAUCAUCAAAUCUGAGUCUAAUAUGCUUUAGUGGUUUCUUUCCCAUAUCUCAUCUUUUGGCAUCUGUCUUUUCUUAUUUCUUCCUCUGUCCCUUUUUGCACCCUCUCUUUUGUGUGUGUGUGUGUGUGUGUGUGUGUGUGUGUGUGUGUGUGUGUGUGUGUGUGUGUGUGUGUGUGUGUGUGUGUGUGUGUGUGUGUGCGCGUGGUCAUUUCUGGGUGUGUUAUGCCCGGGCUGCAUGUAUGCUCGUUUGUGUGCAUCCAGAGUGUAUGCAUCAGUCAGUGCACAGAAGACAUCUUGCCUGGUCUUUGUGCACUGAGGAUAUUGUCUGACAUUUCUGUGUGUGUGUGUGUGUGUUGAUACAGCCACUUGUGUUUGGGUCUCAACCUGCUGUCCAUUUUGUCUCCCUGUUCAGCCGAUGGGUUGAGAGCGACAGACCAAAAAUUCUUUCUUUUUUCCUGGUGGGAGUCGGAAUGGACAGCACUCAGGCCACUUUCCCCUUCGCUUCUCCUCUGUCCUCUUCUGUCCAAUGUCCCUCUCUGCUUUCCGUACCUUGAAGCACCAUUUCUUGCCAUCCGCACUAUGUGUAUAUGUGGGGACGUAUGGUUAUCCAGGUGUGCAUUUGUGUCCUGCGAGGUCAUCUUUCCGUUUCCCUUGUCCUUCUUCGAAUGACUAUCUGUACACCGUUCGGAUCCCCCACCCCACCUCACCACUGACGCUAGCCGAUGCUAGCCACUGACGCUAACAGAGGGGGUGACAACGGGAAGAGGAGUGUGUUUGUCUUCCUGUGAAUGUGUGUUCCUUUCACUCACCUCCCUUCACUUCUUUGACCCCACCCAUCCACCCACCCCUAUUUACCAGUCAAUGCUGGGCACUGAGUGAACCUGUCUUGAGUGUAAGGGAGGGAGAGGGAGAGGGAGAGGGGGUCAUGCUCGUUAGCCAUGUCUGGCUCCAAACCUCCUAAGUCAGCUCAGUCAGGAGCUCUCUGUGUGUUGGCAGACGCCAAGCUUUUGUUUCCGUUCCUUCCCUUCCUUCAUUUUUCCACCGUGAGAGAUCAUAACAUUCCGUCAGUUUUCUUAAUUGACCGUGAUUUUAGACGAGAACUUAAUCCUUCCGUGACAAUCGAGAAAGCUGUUGAGGGUUUUAUUUUUCAUGCUUCCAACGUAUUUGGAAGCGAUUAAAGUGAUGUGAAAUGUGCUGAGACUAUGAUGUGAUUAUGAAAAAGUGAAGGGCCCAUAGGAAUCUCAGGCGCGGAUCCUCUGACCCAAUGCAUUAUAAUUUAUUGACUCUUUGAAUGGUACCCAUUUCCUGGACUUAAUUGUGUCUUUUCAAUUGAGAAUCAAAACAUCCAGGAUGAGAAUCAACAUCUUGUGAAAAUGCUGAAGACAUCAAAUUACCUGACAAGGAUAAACAGAAAAAAACGUACCACCUCAUAUGAGUAAACUGGUGUGCUUGUUUCCAUCCCGUACAUCAAUUUGGUAUCCGAUGAAAAGAAAAAAAAAAAAAACUUGAAGAAAAGAUAGACACUGACUGCUAUGAGUUAAGAAUAGUGUCCUAGACAGAUGUAAUGACGGUGUUGUGCAGCGACUAUCUCCAAGUGCAUUAGUCAGUAGCUUAGUGAACCAUAGUUGUUGGGUAUCAUUGUGAAGCCUUUCAGAGGAAGUGGCGGAAACAUAGUAAUCAGGGCUGUUUGAUGUAUCAUUUUACAUGAUGUUAGGAAGAAGGCUAUUUUUCUUUGGGGUGGGUAUUUAAUUAUUUGGAAUGUUUACAAAUUUGGGUUUUCAGUUUUUUUUUUUCAACAUCUUAGCUUUGUGAUUCAUUAUCCCCAAUGCACUAUUGACAAAUUGUUUAUAGGAUGUUGAAUACUUUUUUUUUUCUUUGAUUUAAAAUGUUUUCCAUAAUGUGUGAAACUUGGGCACUUCUGCUGAAUCAGAGAGAGGGUUGAGCAGCUCUCUCUGGUCCAAUUAGAGUGGUCCUUUCACCUGACUCGCCAUUUGAUUGGCCACAGCAGAACAUCAGCUUCUGCCCCUUUCUGUUUAUGAUGCUUAACCUGGUAAACCCCGACCAAUGGGGAUCGGUUAAGCUGAUUUCAGUCAAAAGAAUGGGGUGGAUACUGGUGUGCUUGGUUGAGACAUUUGGCCUUUUUUUUUAUCAUCUGUCAUGAAUUCAUCCAUUCAAAGUCAAUAAAGCAAUCAGUUUCUCUAAAA